AGAGCUGCAUCGGCUUAAAGGAUGUGCGUGUUAACGUGCCGGCCGCAAUCCUGAGGGGCGGAACGGCGACUCUCUACUGUCACUUCGACCUAGAAGGGGAUUCCCUCUACUCGGUUAAAUGGUAUAAAGGACGGCGAGAGUUCUAUCGCUUCACACCAAAAGAAGACCCCGCCAUGAAGAUAUUCCCUAUAUUUGGACUGGAGGUUGAGCAGGGGAAAUCAAACGCCACGCAACUGACUUUACGACAAGUGCAACUUUCCUUGUCGGGGCGCUACAGCUGCGAGGUGUCAGCAGAUGCACCCUCGUUCCACACGGCCCUCGUCUCUGGAGACAUGGACAUUGUAGAGACACCUCGCGGCAGACCAGUGAUAUCAGGAAUACGCCAUCGGUAUCGUGCUGACGAAAUUCUCCAUGGAAACUGUUCCUCCUCAUGGUCUAAGCCUGCCGCCAAGUUGACCUGGUUCGUUAACGGUAACCCGCCACCAACAAGCAACCUGGUGAUAUAUCCAGUGAUCAGAGAAAGGGAUGGCGAAAGAGAGAGCUCAUAUUUGGGUCUCAAAAUGGUGGUGAAGCCCCAUCACUUUUCAAACGGCCGUCUCAAAAUCCGAUGUUCUGCCACUAUCCACGAUAUAUACUAUCAGAGCACGGAGAAAAGUGUGGAGGAAGAGCGGCCCAGGGGAAUGCUACACGGCACACUGACCGCGGGUGGAGGCGCCCAGUACAUACCAGCGCCAAGUCCAUCCACAGACCUUCCUCCGUCAGGACACAGAUUCGAUCCGGACACGGUAGUUCAGCAAAACGAUGUGUCGACAUCUGGCGGCUGCAGGACCACGAUAGCAACAAUGGGAUCUGUCGUUCCCUCCUCACCAUUGGCUCUCAUGCUUUUCUUGUUUACCGUCAGAUGAGCCUCUCCACCAUAAACCAUCGCAAAAGCAACACAAGGCAAGGCGAGAGCAACUUCGGAAACUGCAGUAGGGGCAACAAAGAACGAAAAAGGGAAGAUUUACAAGAGCAAUUCAAUAAAUAACUUGAUACCCCACACACCUCGACCCUCUCCUUCUCUAAAAUUACAUGGACAGGUAUAUCAAACGUAUGAGAUAUAUAACUUUACUGUACAUGACGCUAUAAAUUCCCUUCUAGAAAUGGGCAAGAAGUUUCGGGAAUUGAAAUAAUGUAUUAACUGCGAACAUGUCUCAAUUUACGUUUCAAGCACUGUGAGAAGUAACGUUUAUUUAUGCGCUAGCUCUUUUAGUGAACAAAACCAAGAUUUGAAAAAAUCGAUGGUGUAUGUUACUGAUGAAAUUCAUGUUCGAAACAUUCAGUUCGCUCGGUAUCCCAUCUGUUGGCAUGCGAGGCAAGGAAAAAAUCGUAGUUGAUUAAACUAUCGGUACUUACUUACUGAUGGAGCUGAGCCCUUCUGAAGGUGCCGCCAAUUCCGCAGCUACUCAAGA